AUGACAGACUUUCAAAAGAACCUCCGUCAGGACAUGAUUUCUCAGCUGCAUAAUUUUGCUGCUGUUGGAGACGCAGCCAAACUGAAAGCAUUGCUCAGUCAUUCUCCGUCACUUAUCAAUGCAGCUGCAGAUAACGGCUGGACAGCCCUCAUGUAUGGUGCCCGAAACGGACACCUUGAAGUCGUGCAGAUUCUUCUUGAAGAAGGGUGUGACAGGUCCAUCAUUAAUAAAUCAAGGCAAACAGCUCUGGACAUUGCUAAGUUUUGGGGGUACAAGCAUAUAGCUAAUUUUUUGGCUAAUGUGAAGGAUGGGCAGAAGCCUAAUUUUCUGUCAAACGAAGUGAAGGAAUAUGAAAAUUACUUUGGCUUGACACUUCUGGACAGAAGAAGUGAUAAAAGAACAGAUUCCAAUUGGCUAAGCAAAAAGCAAAGUCAUCCAGCUACAGUAUACAUCCUUUUCUCAAAUCUAAGUCCUUUGGUUACUUUAGGUGGGGGAACAGAGAGCUCCCAGCAGCCAGAAGUAAAGCUUUGCAGGCUGCACCACAAGGAUGUGGAGCAAUGCAUGAACCAGACUGAGGAAGGCACCUUGAUUUUUCUGGGAGUUGAACUUCAGUUCCACAUGAACCUGCUGGCUGCUUGCAAUGGAGAAGUUCUACAAGAAGGUGAAGAGGAUGGCUUAGUUGCUUGGUUUGCUCUUAGUGUAGAUUCUACUUCUGCUGAGAAAUUUAAACAGAAGCAUGAGGAUUGUUACUUUCUUCACCCACCAAUGCCAGCUCUACUGCAACUACCUGAAAAAGAAGCUGGAGUCGUAGCCCAGGCUAGAUCUGUUCUAGCAUGGCACAACCGCUACCGUUUCUGCCCAACGUGUGGGAGUGCAACCAAGACUGAAGAAGCGGGUUACAAGAAAACUUGCUUAAAAGAAGAUUGUCCAAGUCUACAAGGCGUUCACAACACAUCGUAUCCAAGAGUUGAUCCUGUUGUGAUAAUGCAAGUCAUCCAUCCAGAUGGGAACCAUUGCCUUUUAGGUAGGCAGAAGAGGUUUCCCCCAGGAAUGUUUACGUGUCUUGCUGGAUUUGUGGAACCUGGUGAAACAAUAGAAGAUGCUGUUCGAAGAGAAGUAGAAGAAGAGGCUGGAGUCAAAGUUGGCCAUGUUCAGUAUGUCUCUUGUCAGCCAUGGCCAAUGCCCUCCUCCCUAAUGAUUGGCUGCUUAGCGGUUGCAGUGUCUACAGAAAUUAAAGUUGACAAGAAUGAAAUAGAGGAUGCCCGCUGGUUCACUAGAGAACAGGUUGUGGAAGUUCUCAUUAAAGGAAAUCAGCGCUCUUUCUUUGUACCACCAAGUCGAGCUAUUGCGCACCAGUUGAUAAAACAUUGGAUUGGAAUGAAUGCUAAUCUUUAA